AUGUCGAGUGGAAAAACGGUCGUCGUGCACUCAAGCGUGCGCCUGGACGAGGAGGAGGAGGAGCUUUGUAAUGCUGCCGUCGCCGUGCUAUCCGCAACGGCGGAAGGGCCGCGUCUCCCCCAGCCGCCUGCCGGCGAUGCGGACGAUGACGAUGACUUCUCCAUCGCGUACGUGGAGCAAAAAGGUGCGCCCGUAAGCCUCGCCUCCGCGCGGUCGGUGCCGCUGAAGCGGUCCCGCGGCAGCCCAGUGGGACCAACAGACGUCUCCGUCGACGCUGAGGCGGUGGAGGGGAUGCCGGACGACACGGACCACCCCAACGAUCGCGUGGCGUACGCGCGUUGGCAGGCACGAGAUGCCGCACGGCCAAAGGAGCUGCUGCUGGGGUGA